ACUGCUGAAAGGGCCAGCCAUUUUGCCUACGGGAAUACAGAGUAGAAAUUAUGCUGUACUUUAUCUUUAAAUAAGAUAAUCCGUUCAACAGUAACAGAAGAAAGAUAGGAUAAAAGUGGCUAAUUAUUGAGGCUGAGAAAGAAUAGCUGCAAUGGGGACCUGUGUGUGGCUGCUGUCUGUCCUUUUUGUUGAUCAGAAGCUGUGGAAUGCAGACUGAUAGUGCUGCAUAGCUGCUACCAAGCUGCAGAGAAGGGUUUGUCUUGUAAAGGCAAGGUUGUUCUGAAACGUUAUCUCAACAGCUUACCAGCGCACAUUGAUAACUACUGUUCCAGGAGAAGGUUGUUUGUCAUGCUCUGAUAUUGUGAAAGUCUACAGCUGUUGUGUCUAGGCAAACAGUACUGAAGCAGGUGUGUUAUUCAGCUGAGCACCGUGUUGCAAACGCCACUCUCUCUCUCUCGCUCUCAGGUUCACAUUUUUCCUCACAGCAGAUUGCUGGAUAAGAGGCUUAUACUGGGAAUACAGUGACAGAGUGCUUUCUAGCCUGCAUUUAAGCCUUUAUGAAUUAGGAGGAAAGAGAGGAGACCGGAUCCAUCCAUACAUCCAUACAUCCAUCCACAACCCAUUUUUCCAUUUCUUUGCACAUGGAGUCCAGUCAGUGCCCCAGACACCAGGAAUUGGCUAGUAUCUGAACUCUGAAGUGGGAUCAGAACCUUCAGAUAUCAAAGAACUGGCAAAACACAGAAGGAAGGACGCUACUGCAUAUUGAACUUGAAAAGCAGAACAAGGCAGCCUUGCUGUCCAGUCUGGAGUGUAGCUGUUACCACCCUUCUUCCGUUGUCCAAGUUUGCUCCAAUAACAUUAUCUGCAGUCAGCUGAUCAAGAUAAACUGAAGGAAUACAUCAAGGAGAAAUCACUGUAAGGAUGGACACAGACAGUGGUGGGUAUGCUCGAAAACGUGCUGCUAUGUCUGUCACUUUAGCUGCGGUGAAAAGAGUGCAAAGUUCUCCAAAUCUACUGGCAACAGGUCCUGAGUGUCAUUCAUCAGAUUCAGAUAACUGGAGAUCUUACAAUGAUGACCUCAGAGGAACACUGAAUGGUGAUAUCAACAGUUCUUUAGCAGCAAAGGGUUUCAGAAGUGUUCGCCCAAAUCUGCAAGAUAAGAAAUCACCAGUACAGGCCCCUCCUCCACCUACUAGAAAUGAAAGUCUUCUCAGGACUCCUUUUAACCAACACAAAAAAAUAGCUCUAAGCUCUACCCAUAAUCAAAUUGCACAUCAACCACUUGCAACAUCACAUUACAGAAUAACUUCUGAUAUUAAGUGCAUUACUAGUAGAGAGAUCACUGGAAAUGCAUCAUAUUCUGACAAACCUAGCAUGCUGCCCGGCUCUGCUCCACAUUUCCCAGACUCCUCAACCUCCGUCACUAACACAAGCACAUCAUUAACUGAGACAGGCACUGCAUUUCAAAGUAGUAGUGUACAAGCACAGAGUCGCAGAGUUUCUACUCUUAAGUUAACAACCUCUGAAAGACAAAAUGCUAAUACCCACAAUGUAGAGCAAACAUCUGUCAAAAGUGCAGGAAUGAAAUCCCCUAACAGUCCUGUUAGUUAUGCUAAUAAUGCACCAUCUGAAAUACACACAGCUUCUCUUUCUAUUCAGAUUGCUCCAGUCACUGCUUGCAAAACAGCUUCAAAGUCUGGAGGUCAAGGAAAUCAACUUGGGUCUUCUGUGGAAGCUGAAAAGACACCACCUAAUGAUUCAAGGCGGAGAACUACCCUUUCACCUUCUGAACAGUCCUCUAAGGAUCAUGUGGUCUCUAUCACAAUGAAUGGGAGUUCUGGUUUAACAAGUCCAGUGAGUCACAACCAAAGGCCUUUUUCACCUUCUUCUCCUUACCCAUUUCCAGUCUCACAUAGCUCAAACAUCACACACUUCCAGCACAGUAAAACCAUGGCUGAGGAAGAAAUAUGGCACAACAGCCAGCAACAGAAGAGACAAAUGCAACAUCUGGUUGAGUCUUUUGAUGGAUCAGAAAUCUAUACACAGCAGCCUCAUUCAUUUAAUACCCAUUCAAUGACCACCAUUCCAAUCUGCAGAUCAUCUGAAGAGGAAAAGAAAGUCACGGUACUAAAAGCACCACAUUAUGCAGGGAUUGGCCCAGUUGAUGACUCAGGCAUUCCCACAGCUAUUAGGACAACAGUGGAUCGGCCAAAGGAUUGGUAUAAGACAAUGUUCAAGCAAAUCCAUAUGGUGCACAAACCAGAUGACGUGGAUCCGUAUUAUACAUAUGUUAACACUGACAAUUACAGCUCAUUCACCCCUGUUCAGUCACAUCCUGCUGCAAAGAUGCACACAUACAGACCCUUAACCAAAAGUACCUCAGAUAACGGCCCAGAUGCCUUUAAGGAUAAAUCACCAUUGCAGCCUCCACCUAUUCCACCGCCUGUGCAACCACCACGACCGUGGGAGAAGUCAGGUGAAAAGCAUGACUGGGAUCCUCCAGACAGAAAGGUGGACACGCGCAUGUUUCGUUCAGAGCCUAGGAGCAUCUUUGAGUAUGAACCUGGAAAAUCAUCAAUUCUUGAACAUGAAAGACCAACUGGCUGCAUUAACCCAGAUGAGAUAGAUUUAGAAAAUGAGCCCUGGUAUAAAUUCUUUUCAGAACUGGAGUUUGGACGUCCGCCUCCAAAAAAGUUGUUGGACUAUAUGCAAGACAGUUCUCCAGGUGUAUCUACUAAGCCAUCCAUAUACCAUACUUCCACAGAGAAGAACUUAGACAGACCUUCCAGUGCUGCCAGUUCUGCAAGUGACUACAGAAAAAGAAGGAAGUCAGAGCCAGUUGUAAGUCAUCAGAGUGCACAGAGUGAUCAAAAUGCACACCAGACCAGGCUGAGUGAUGGCUGUGCUCAUGGAAUAAACAGCACAAUUAGGAAGCCUUUAGCUAACUCAUCUCCUUCUUCUCCCUCCAGAGCAAAAGGUGAGGAAAUUAGCAAUAUGUGUCCAUCCCUUUUCAUUUUUCCUGCACAUAACCAAAAUGGCCCAAAUAAUAUAGAUUACAGUGCACAUCAUUGUCAGCAGCUGACUGUUCCACUCAGCUCUGACAGAUGCAUUAACUUUAAAAAUGGCUGGCAAUUGAACCGUCAGAAUGCAGAGAUAUGGAGCAGCACAGAAGAGUCUGUCUCACCAAAACUAAAGUCACGUAGCUGCGACAAUCUGUUAGCAAAUGAUCAUGACAGUUUGUCUGGUACCCAAACAAAGUCAGAAAGCAUGGGAUCACUACUAUGCGAGGAUGAUAUCAAAGAAUGUAGUUCUAGAGACUGCCUGUCACCAUGUGUUUCUGAAGGUUCUGAUGUGCGCAGAACAAGACUGCGGCAUAGAUCUGCUCAUGAUACACCAGGCUUCCUGAAGCUGUACAAGAAGAUGCAUCGAAUAAACCGCAAGGACUUACUAAAUUCUGAGGUGAUUUGCUCUGUAAAAUCCAGGGUGCUACAGUAUGAACAAGAACAGUACAAGGGCAGUCUUCCAAGGUGGAGAGACAGCUCACUGGAGGUGCCUCGUGACAUGGUGCCAAACAGAAUUUCUGAAUUUGAGCAGCUUAUUCAAAAAUCAAAAUCCAUGCCCAAUUUGGGGGAUGCUAUUUUAUCAGGAAUGAUUUUUGACUCUUCAAAACAUGAAAUAUUCCCUAAGCGCCGAUUUUCUGUGGAGUCUUUAUUGGAUGAGGAAACCAAGGACAAAAGUGUCAGUACAGAAUGUCAGCAGCAGAACGCCAAGUCAAGGGUUCUUGUGCCAAUCCAGAUUGAGGUGACUGGUGAGCAGGAGAGGACUGAAUGCCAUGUUGAAUUCUCAGACAGUGAUCAUGAUGCAGUGGCCUCUGACCUAAGUGACUUUAUCCAGAUUGAAGGCUCUUCUUUUUGUAGUGAAAGUGACUUUGAUCAUUUCUCAUUCACAUCUUCAGAAAGUUUCUACGGGUCAGGUCAUCAUCAUCAUCAUCAUCAUCAUCACAGGCACCUUAUUAGCUCCUGUAAAGGGAGAUGUCCAGCUUCUUACACCAGGUUUACUACUAUGUUAAAACACGAAAGGGCUAAGCAGGAGAAGACAGACAUUCCAAAAAGAACUGAUGUUGACUCAAGCCUUUCAAAAAUAGCAUUCCUAGUCAGCCCAGUGCCUUUCAGGAGGAAAAAAGGCACACCUCCUCCCAAAAAGCCUCAAAAGCCAAAAUGCAAGUCAUCAGUAUUUCAAGCAUUGGACUCUGCUUUGAAAGAUAUCUGUGAUCACAUCAAGGCUGAAAAGAGAAGAGGCAGUCUGCCUGACAACAGUAUAUUGCACAGACUCAUUGCAGAACUGCUUCCAGAUAUUCCUGAAAGAAAUUCUUCCCUCAAAGCAAUUAGAAAAAAAACAUCAGUUUACCAGCAUCUCCAACAGUUGCCUCAGGAUGACAUUGUACAAUUUCCAUUGUAUCAGGCAGACUGUGAAACAACACCACCUAGUGCCUUUUAUCAAGAUAUGGACUCCUCUAACAACAACCAGGAAAAUGACAAUACAUUGUGUUUCCAAGUCAAUCAGGAUGCCUCUAGGGCCUUUACAUCUGGUUUCACUGACACUGGUCGACCUGCUUCCAAGGACAAAAAGUCAACGCCAGACAGAGAGAAGCAACCUGCUAGAGCAGUCUAUGACUUUAAAGCUCAGACAUCAAAAGAGCUGCCCCUAAAGAAAGGUGAUACCAUCUAUAUCAUCAGACAGAUAGACCAGAACUGGUUUGAAGGAGAACACCAUGGGAGAGUAGGAAUUUUCCCAAUCUCAUAUGUUGAGAAAUUUGUGCCUGUUGAGAAAAGUCAGCCUGCAAGACCACCACCCCCAGCACAGACCAGGGAGAUCGGAGAGGCUGUGGCAAAGUAUAAUUUUACUGCAGACACAAAUGUGGAACUGUCACUGAAGAAGGGAGACCGAAUUAUCCUUUUGAGGCAAGUAGAUCAGAACUGGUAUGAAGGGAAGAUACCAGGAACCAACAGACAAGGCAUAUUUCCUGUUUCCUAUGUAGAAAUCAUUAAACAGGUUAAAGGUGUCGGUGACUAUACUGAUUCUCCAAUACACCAGAGCUUUUCAAGUGAUCGAAUACACACUUUAGGCUCUGCAAAGACAGGCUUAAGAAAAGACGUACUGAUUGUUGGUAAGCCUCCUCGUAGUCCAGUGAUGUCUAGGAAAUCAUGCAGUUCACCGGUUAGAUGCCACAACUAUUCUUACAGGUCUCAGCGGCCCACCAUUGUGCAAGAAAAUUUCCAGACCAUUGGAGAACAGUACCAAGUGCUUUAUAACUACAAUCCUCGUAAUGAAGAUGAAUUAGAACUAAGAGAAGGAGACACAAUUGAUGUUAUGGAAAAGUGUGACGAUGGAUGGUUUGUUGGAACCUCUAGAAGAACCAAACUGUUUGGAACGUUCCCUGGAAAUUAUGUGAAGAAGUUAUAAACUGGUUUCUUUCUUCUUAUAACUGUGUUAUGCCUGAGCACAUCCCCACUUGCUAAGAAGAAUGCUAGUUGGUAAAGGAGAUGUUGGUCGGAAGAUUGCUAAAUUAACUUAGAUACUGCAUAACAUGCUACUUUUAGCACAGCUGUAAUGCUUAGAAUGAAAAGAAAAAAAGAUCACAUGGCAGGAGAAGCACCCCUAUAAUUGGCCCUUUAUAACAAAUAUGUUAUGUGAUUUGGAAAGAAGAAAUGUAAGAAGGGAUUGCUUUUCAUGAAGUAAAAUCGAUACUUCUAGUAUGAGGUAAAAUAUGGUUAUUGGACGUAAUCACUGAACAGGGAAUGAGAAGGUUGAUAAACAGCUGAUGUAAGUUCAAUUUCUCUCUUAAUGAAGAGAUGUCUGACAUUCUGGACAUUGGGUUGUUUGAGUUACUGAGUAAUAUGUGAUAUGUUAUAAAGACUGUGCCUGUACAGACAUUUUAAAUUAUGCACAUUGAAAAAUGCAGAACAGGAAAAUUUGAACAGCUGUUCUGCCUCUGUCUAAUUCAGGUAAAAAACAUAAUUUGUGAAUGACUAAUCUUUUUAAUAAGACUUUUGUGUAUAUAAGUUAUUACAUGAUGCCCCAUUGAAAAGUGGCUGGCAACACUGACUGCCAUUUUAAAAGCCUCAGUGUGUAUGUUGGUAGUGAAGAUGUGUCAAUGUAUAUUGACAGUGAAAAAGAAACAAGGUGCCAUUUCAAAAUGGAAGAUGCUUUGCAUUUAUAUGAAGGGCUAUAACUUUUUCUAUGUUAUUUAUUACUGUAUUCUUCUUGAAAAGAUCUGAAUUUUAGAAUGUUAACAAAAGAUGCACCUUUAUUGAGUCUAGAUGUUAAUAAAGCAGGAUUAAGGUCACAAAGUAAUGAAAUUAUACUGAUGGCAUUAGCACAGCCCAAGCACAGUCCGUUUCAGAGCUAGCACUCUGGAAAUUAUUCUGAUUUAUCUUCUGAAAAUAAUUCCAAAAUGAGGAGUUGUGCCUCUUGCUGCCAUCCAUGUUACUAAAGGAAUGAUGUUUAAUUACAGCCUUGUCCUGCUAUAUUGCCUUGUUAAUUUUAAAAGAAUGUAUUGUAACUAUUUCCUAAUUAGAGAUCAGUUUUUUAGCCAUUGAAAUUUCCUUCUCUCAAACCUAUGAUAUAUUCUCAAUAAGUACGAUUCAUGCAUUUAAGAGACUUGCAAGCUCAAUUUGGAAAAUGUAACUUUUAAAUAUUGUUUUGUCUCUCUCCAAGACACACCUACACA